ACUUGCGAUUUAGGUUAUUACAUCGCCUUGGAAAAUUUAAAGCUAGUAAGGUAUAAAAUUAUAACAGAGGAUGGAUUUAUUUUGAAUCUCUACCGACUUUUAAAUAGGGAUGAAGACAAAUAUACAACUGAACAGAAUAACAGAAUCCCGGUAUUGUUUCUACACGGUUUAUUGCAGAGUUCGGCCUCUUUUGUAACUAAUGGCAAGGAUUCCUUAGCAAUCAAUUUGUUCAAUUCUAACAAAUAUGAUAUUUGGUUGGGCAAUAAUAGAUGUUUUUUUGAUAAAAAGAGCUAUGUUUUAAAGAAUGAUAAUAAUCCAAACUUCUGGAACUGGGAUUUGAAUCAAAUGUAUCAAAAUGAUUUAUCCUCAAUGAUAAACUUCAUUUUGAAAGUUAAUAACAAUAACAACACAAAUAAAAUCAACUUGAUCGCGCAUUCGCAAGGAACAACUCAAUCUCUAAUAUCAAUAUCGAAUAACCAUGAGAACAUCAGUUCCAAAUUGGUUUGUUUUGUAGCGUUAAGUCCAGCAAUUUAUAAAGGAAAACUAUUUGAUAAAAAAAUUUUCAUUAUUUUUCUAAACUCAAUCAACUUGUUUUUUUUUAGACUCUUUUUUGGAAUUCUUUCAUUUAUGCCCAUAAUGCUAAAUAUCAGAAAACUUCUCGUUAAAAACCAUUAUUCAAUCAAAAUAUUCGGGUUUUUGGGCUACUUGAUGUUCAAUUUCUUGUUUGAUUGGAAUGACAAAUUGUGGGAUAGAAAUUUAAGAAAUCGUUUGUUUCUAUUUAGUCCCGUUUACAUAAGCUCAAAAUUAAUAUUUUGGUGGUUAAAUGAUAACGAAAAUGAUGGAUUUAUUAACUGUUCAAGGAAAGUUUUCAAUGAUGAUAUUGAUUAUAUUCAUGAAAAUAACAGCAUUAAAAAUAAUAAUGCAAAAAACAAUCUGAAUAAUACAAAUAAUAAAAGUUUAGUACCAAUGUUUUUUUUCAUUGGAAAUAAAGAUGAUUUGGUUAGUAAUGAUUUGCUAAUUGAACAUUUUGAACAAUUUGAAAAUCACAACUAUAAAAUAAAAGAUUAUACCUUUAAUACUGAAACCAGCAGUAUUAUUCUUUGUGUUAAAAGAAUACCAAAUUACUCACAUCUAGAUGUUUUGUGGGCUAAAGAUGUUCUAGAAACCAUUGGGGAUCCCAUGAGCCAAUUUCUUGAUUCA